AUGGCUCCCUGGUCGACUCGUCGUGGGUCUCAACCCAACAACAACUCUUCUGGUGACCUCAUCAGUCGAAUUCACAACACCGCUCUACACACGCCUACGACUCUCAACGCAGUCUAUUCGACAGCGCUGCCACCAACACCGAAUGGUCGCAAUUUUGACCUGUCCAUCUCCAAUGCUAACGCCGACUCGAGCUCCGACGACUCCGACUUUCACCCCUCGCGACCACCGUCCAAGCCUGCUCGCCGACCCCAGCACACGCGCUCUAUGAGCCAGCCCUUCCCUUCUCUCUUUAGCAGCAAGAAGAAGAGGCAGAACUCUGUCGGCGCGCCUCCGCCCGACUUGGGCUUUACAGAUGACGCCGCAAUGCCUCGACAAGCGCCCAAGAACCACGCCCGGAAUCCUUCUCAUACUCGAGGGGGUCCUGCAGGGAGCAAAGACUUUGCGACAGGAAACUGCAUGACCUGUGGUUCCCUAGUGCGGUGGCCGAGGGACCUCAAGGUUUUCAAGUGCACCAUCUGUACCACUGUCAAUGACCUGGAGCCGCUAAGUGCGGACAAUGUCACCUCGAGAACGCGGCGCGAUGCAAGCCAAGGCCCCCCUGGCGCACCCCAACCCUCUUCGGCAAGAGUCCCGCAUAUCUCGAUCGAGCAAACGAGACGACUUGUUCAGCAAUCCAUUCGUUCGUACUUGUCCAAGAAACUACAUCGAGUUCCUAAACCCGCGCACGAUGCUCAAAAUCAUUCGAAUAAUAGACUAUCGUUCAGCAGCCGAAUGCAAGCUGCUGGCCAUAAACCCGUGGUAAUAGAUUCAAAACGGGAGGUGUCGGCUCCCUCCAAAUCUCCCACUAUACAUGUGUCGCAUUAUGUAUUCGAUGAGGAGCCAACCCUACGAGCCAGCGCUCAGCGAACGAAUUCUGCGCCUAUUGCUCGAUCUUACUCGUCUUCAUACCCAGAAAAACCUCCAGUACAGAACGUCUUGUCAGGGGAUGAGUCCAAGGAUCACCACACUCCACCCUCGACGACAGACGACAGCGACCCUAAGCGAAUAUUUAAACCGCUGGAAGACUACCUAGUUGCCUGUUUCGGCUCAUUUGAAUGCAUCAACUCGUCAUUCAUGACCCAUCACCAUCGCCAUCCCCCAAGAGGGGGAAGUGAAUCAACCCGCCGGAGGCCUGUAGCGCAACACGAGCAUCGAGAGCAACGAGAGCAUCGUCGAGAACCUUCAGAAAACCGGAAAGCGCGCGAACAGCGAGAAGAGCGAAGCAGUCCCCAAGAAAACGAUGGAAUGUGGGAUCUUGACCCGAAGCUGCUUCUACUGGGCGACUUUGCAGAGAAUGGAACGUGGUGGACUGGCAGCCAGGAGGGGACGCGAUCUCGGAGACCACCAACGCAUCGAAAUGAGCGUAGCUUUUCAAGUGUUCCAGCUAUUACCAAGACCCCACAGAUGAAUUGGGGCGAUUUGAUGGGCUGGUACAGCGCUGUCGUAAACACCGCCGCCGGCUGGUUCGUUGUAUAUGAAGAGUUUUCUCGGGCUGAUGACUUCCAGCCGCCUACUGCACGAGAGCUGCAGUCUUUCGAGCGAGAUCUUUUGCAGGGCCAAGAGCAUGCUCGACGUGUGUUACUCAAAGCAACAGAAAUGCUCCUUAAGCGACCCGGGAGGCCCCUGAAGGACCCGGCAGACCUGCGGUUUCUUCUCAUACUGCUUGAAAACCCACUCCUUUACGAAGACCAGCAAUUAUUUGGCGGAAUCCUCCAGCCAGAUGCCAAGCCAUUAGCAGACAAAGAGACACGAUCUGGGAAAAUAGGCACCCCCGAAAGUGGCCUCCUUUCUGGCCAACAUUCUGGAAUCAUCAAGCGCAUCGUUGGGUUGAUCUCCAACUCGUCGGUUGAAUGCCACAACCAAUUGAUCACCUGGUUUGCGAGACAUCACCCCUCUCGAUUUACAAGGACGAAGGAGCUGGCUUCUGGCUUCCUCACAUACCGCAUGCUGCGCCAAAGGGAUAAGAAACGAGAAGUCAGAGUUGACAUAACGGCUGGCCUGAUCCCACAGAUGCAAGAAGGACGAUCGGGGGCCUAUCUCUAUGACGAAAUCAACCGCUCUGGCUCCUCAAAGAAGACCAAGGAGCCUGAAAAGAAGAUUGUGUACAGCGACGAUUGGCAAAUAAAGGCCUCUUCACGAGUUCUGGCUCUCCUCUUUGCCGCCAACAACCUCCCCCAUGGGAGACGGAGUGAAGACGCACCGCCGAUCACUAGCAAAAACAGCACCGGGCCGAGCCGAGAUAUCGUUCAUUCUCAUGGACAGGUGCUGCCGACGAGCGACUUUUAUAACUCGAUGAUUGAUUAUACUGAUCUGAUUGCCGACUUUGAGAACUGGGAAGCUCGGAGAGGAAAAUUCUCGUUCUGCCAGUAUCCAUUCCUCCUUAGCAUCUGGGCCAAGAACCACAUCCUUGAGCAUGAUGCUCGUCGUCAGAUGCAGAGCAAAGCCCGAGACGCCUUCUUUGAUAGUAUCAUGAGUCGCAAGGCUAUCAAUCAGUUCCUCGAACUCAACGUGCGACGAGAUUGCUUGGUCGACGACAGUCUGAAGGCUGUCAGUGAGGUCAUUGGAAGCGGGAGCGAGGACAUCAAGAAAGGCCUCCGCAUUACUUUCAAGGGCGAGGAGGGAGUUGAUGCUGGCGGUUUACGCAAGGAAUGGUUUUUGCUUCUCGUCAGAGAAGUUUUCAAUCCCGACCAUGGGAUGUUUAUCUAUGACGAGGACUCUCAGCAUUGCUAUUUCAACCCCAACUCAUUCGAGACUUCAGAUCAGUUCUUCUUGGUUGGUGUUGUCAUGGGCUUGGCUAUUUACAACUCAACCAUUUUGGACCUGGCUCUCCCACCUUUUGCUUUCCGGAAACUCAUCGCAUCGGCUCCUACUCAGGGCACAGGAGCCUCUUCCCACCCCAGGCCCCCUAUGCGAUAUACUCUCGAGGAUCUUGCUGAAUACCGACCUGGACUGGCUCGAGGACUUCGACAACUGCUCGAGUAUGAGGGUAAUGUGGAGGAAACCUUUGCUCUUGAUUUUGUCAUCGAGACGGAGAAAUAUGGCACCACCGUCGAGGUUCCUCUUUGUCCAGGAGGUGAUCGCAUUCCUGUCACAAACAAUAAUCGGCGAGAAUAUGUGGACCUUUACGUGCGGUACAUCAUCGAUGUGUCUGUGACGAGGCAGUUUGAGCCUUUCAAGAGGGGCUUCUACACUGUGUGCGGAGGUAAUGCCCUAUCCCUGUUCCGACCGGAAGAGAUUGAGCUUCUUGUACGAGGGUCAGAUGAGGCCCUCGAUAUUGAUUCCCUACGGGGUGUUGCUGAGUACGACAACUGGGGCAGCAAGAAGCCAGAUGGCUCCGAGCCUGUUAUCGACUGGUUCUGGGAGACAUUCAAAGCGGCCACGCCUGAAGACCAGCGCAAAUUGUUACUGUUCAUUACUGGCAGUGACCGAAUCCCCGCCAUGGGCGCUGCUGUGUUACCCAUCAAGAUUUCCUGCCUCGGAGAAGAUGAGGGCAGGUUCCCCAUUGCCAGAACAUGCUUCAACAUGCUGUCCCUCUCACGAUACGAGUCCAAGGAGAGGCUGGAGAAGUUGCUGUGGACGGCCGUCCGUGAGAGUGAGGGCUUUGGACUAAAGUAA